CUAUUUUACUUUUUAAUCCUUUUGCUGAACAUCUUAGACGCACACACACACACACACACUCUCUCUCUCUCUCUCUGUGUGUGUGUUAUUAUUUUUCUUUUUACUAUAGAAUAUAUAUAUACGUAUAUACAUAUAUAUUUUAAUAGACAAUGGCACCUAAUCCAACUUCAGAUUGGACUGAACUUCACGAUCGUUUCUAUAGAAAGCAAGAAAUUUAUUCAUUAUCAUGGAAUCAAACUGAUCUCUCAAAAUUUAUGAUUUCAGGAGCUCCUAAUGGUGGACCUAUUGCUAUGAUAAGAGAUGAUAAGAAAGUUUUAUUACUUCAAAAGCAACAACCUAUUAAACCUACUAUUUACAUGUAUACAAGUGCUGGUAAACUUAUUGAUCAAAUUCAGGUAAAUGAUAUGAAACAUGCAAUACAUAAAUAAAUAAAAUGAUAUUAAUCAUCUUUUUUGAGAUUUAGUGGGAUAAAGGACGUAUUGUAGCUUUAGGUUGGACAGACCAUGAGCAGCUUGUAGCUGUAACGGAUGAUGGAUU